AUGGAGUUUGCCCCAAUCUUACUCCUGGUGCUCUAUGGCUUGGCCUUCCUCACCGGGGCACCAUUGAACGGCUACGUCCUCUUCGUCACCGGCUGCCGUACAGAGAGGACGGCCAGCGCCGUGUGGUUCCUCAACCGGGCCGUGUCCGAUUUCAUCUUCCUCCUCUGCCUGCCCUUCAGAUUCAUCAUCAUCUUCUCCCUGCACAUAGGUUGGGCCAGGAGGCUGAGCAGCUCCAUCACCUCCCUGCACAUGUUCUCCAGCGCCUUCCUCCUCACGGCCAUCAGCGUCCAUCGCUGCGUCCUCUUGGCACGACCUGAGUGGGCCCAGAAAUGCUGCACUCCCUGCCUGGCCUGCUGGGUGGCUCUGGGCACAUGGGCUCUGUCUGCUGGGUUCAGCUUGCGGUACAGUGACCUCUGGGAAUCCUUCCUUCCACCUCCCAGCACCAGCAUAAAUUUCCAAAUGGAUCCAGAGAGGGCAAAAGUUGCCAUCGCAAUCCAGUUCCUGGUCGGAUUUCUGAUUCCAUUAGCCUUGAGCCUGAUCCCAAUGUUCUACGUCAUUCACACUGCCAGGCUGGGAAGGAACCGGCUGAUCCAGGCCACCCAGCCCCUCAAGAUCCUUCUUGGCUUCAUCCCAACCUUUUUCUUCUGCUGGCUGCCCUAUCACAUCUUCUACUUCCUGCAGUUCUCAGCUACGCACCCUCGGCCUCUUCUGCAUAUAGGAUGUGUAGUUACUUACUUCCUGACAUAUGUCAACAGCUGCCUCAACCCCAUCUUCUACCUCACCAUGAAUGAAGAGUUUCUGAGGUACCAGCAACGUGCUCGCAACCCCCACACCACCGACCACUCGGAGUCGGAACCAGCCGACUAG